AUGCAAUCACGUGACCUCAUGCCGGGCGCAGCGCCGGUGAUGGAAGACGCUACAGGGUCACUACGGAGUCUGCAGAUAUUGUCCCGGUCGCAUGAAUUUGCCUUUAUCUCUUACGCACCCCCACGUCUCCUCUCCCAACCCUUGUCGCAGCGAGCGCCGCUGGAACGGGAUGCCGAUGAUCUACGUGACCGGGAUGAUGAACAGCCGCAGAUUGUGAUCGAGUACGGCAGUGGUGUCUCUGAGAAGGAAGCCGCCGACUUUGUCCAGCGAACCCUC